AUGUCGCCUUGCGGAACAGACGGUACGACCGCGAGGUCGUCCCGUAUCACAGGCGUAUUCCCUGCGUUCAUUGAGCCUCUGUGCUCGUUCUUCUUGCUCGCCCCGUACCCUUCCCCCUCCUCUCUCUUCCUAAUCUCCCUGGUUCCUGUUCGCUCCUCGUUCUGUACGUUCUUCUCGAUCUUGUUGCUCGGCGCUGGACUUGCACGCGCGUCGUGCGAGUCCUGGGCCGCGCGGCUUUGUUGCGUGUCGCCGGAACCAACAGGGCUUCUCGAGUCAGAAGCGGGGUCGCGAGAGUCAAGGAGAGUGGCCGUAGAAGGAGGAGCCGCCGGUCUGGUACCGUGA